GAACAAAAUUGAUAACGUGAGUAUGCUUUUUACCCACCGGGUCACCCGACCCUAAUUUCGGGUCUUGGUUACGGAAACGAGUUAUUUGAUACAGAAGGGUUUCGAAGCAACCUGCUGUGAAAUCGGAGCGUGAAGGUCCGAAAAUGGCAGCAAAUGGUAGCACAGAGGAUCUUCUGGAAGAGCUUCUCAACGUUGAGUUGGAGCUUCAAGAUGUUCAAGAUGAAAUAAAGAGAUUGCUUGAUAAGCAAGAAAAGUUGUAUGAGAAACAGUCCGAACUUAAGGCGGUUAUAGAAAGUUAUCAAGGAUUGGAACAGGCGGAAAAGGAUCAUGCAGCUCCGCAAACCGAGAACUGGUCGGGGGCUUUUGAAUGGGAUAAUGAAGCUGAUGAUAUUAGGUUAAAUAUUUUCGGCAUACCGACUUACCGUGCAAACCAGCGAGAGAUUAUAAAUGCAAUCAUGAGUGAAAGAGAUGUGCUUGUGAUUAUGGCUGCUGGCGGAGGCAAGAGUCUCUGCUACCAACUUCCAGCUGUUUUACGUCCCGGAAUUGCCCUUGUCAUCAGUCCUUUGCUUUCUCUCAUUCAAGAUCAGGUCAUGGGGUUGACUGCUUUAGGGAUCCCAGCAUCUAUGCUAACCUCAACAACUAGCAAGGACAAUGAAAAGUUUGUAUAUAAAACUCUUGAAAAGGGUGAAGGGGACCUUAAAAUAUUGUAUGUUACACCAGAAAAGGUUUCCAAGAGCAAGAGAUUUGUGUCCAAACUUGAAAAGUGUCAUCAUGCUGGCCGUCUUUCAUUGAUAUCAAUUGACGAAGCACAUUGUUGUAGCCAGUGGGGCCAUGACUUCCGUCCAGACUACAAGAAUCUCGGUAUAUUGAAGACUCAAUUUCCCAAUGUUCCUGUUAUUGCUUUGACUGCUACGGCUACAAAGAAGGUCCAGUUAGAUCUUAUGGAGAUGCUAAACAUUCCAAAAUGCAUAAAAUUUGUUAGCACGGUCAACAGGCCAAAUCUCUUUUAUAUGGUUCGGGAGAAAUCAUCUGUUGGAAAGGCAGUCAUUGAUGACAUUGCUGACUUCAUACAGAGUUCAUAUACAAACAACGAAUCUGGAAUUGUUUAUUGUUUCUCCCGGAAGGAAUGUGAGCAGGUUGCAAAGGAAUUGCGAGAGAGAGGAGUUUCAGCCGACUAUUAUCAUGCAGAUAUGGAUGUAAAUGCUCGUGAAAAAGUCCAUAUGCGGUGGAGCAAUAGCAAGUUGCAGGUCAUUGUUGGGACGGUGGCUUUUGGCAUGGGAAUAAAUAAACCAGAUGUCAGGUUUGUCAUACAUCACAGCCUAGGUAAAUCAAUGGAGACUUACUAUCAGGAAAGCGGUCGAGCAGGGCGGGACGGGCUUCCUUCUGAGUGUCUACUCUACUUUAGGCCUGCUGAUGUGCCUAGACAGAGUUCCAUGGUCUUCUAUGAGAAUUCUGGGUUGCAAAAUCUGUAUGACAUGGUGCAGUAUUGUCAGUCUAAAAGAGAAUGCCGUCGGAGCGCUUUCUUUAAACAUUUUGCUGAGCCGCUACAAGACUGCAAUGGAAUGUGUGAUAAUUGUGCCGAUUUGUGCAAGGUUAAGGAAAUUGAUGCUUCUGGCCAUGCUAGAGCUCUUGUAACUUUGCUGCAAGGAAUCCAAGAAAUGGAUCAGAGAGCGACAAUGUUACAGUUAGUGGAAAAGUUCAAAGUUAAAAACAAGGAAGUAGGCUUUGAGCUGAAGAAGGAUGAAUUAGAGCAUCUUGUGAUUCAGCUUAUUAUCCACCGAGUGUUGAAAGAAGAAUUUUCUCAUACCGCGUAUGCAACUAAUGCUUAUGUAACACUUGGACCACUUGCAAAGCAUGUAUUGCAUGGGAAAAAGAAUAUUACGCUUGAGGUUACUAGUGGACAGAGAAGUCUCGCAAAAUCAUCAAAACGCAGCAGACACACAGGAUUAGAAAUUAAGCUUGAUAAUUUAAGGAAAGAACUUUCUUCCAUGCAUGGAGGGAUAUUCCCUCACUCCAUUUUGUCUACUCAGCAGAUCAGCAUGCUAUGCUCUCAAAAACCAGAAUCAACUGAACAGUUGGAGAAGAUAAUCGGUAAAUUGAAGACGCAGAAAUAUGGAGAGAGGAUUCUUGAAGUAAUUGGAAAGCAUGAAUCUGAUGAUGAACAAUGUGACGAUUCAGCAGAUGAGGAAAAAGAAACGAGUGUAAACAGAAAUGCAAGGAGGUCAAAAUAUAAGAAGGUAGUUGUCAUUGAUGAGAGCAGUGAAGAUGAUAACUGAGGAUGGUUCAUGACAUGGUUAGUCGUGUUUAUGCUUCGGUUGAAACCGGUAGUAAUGAUUUCGGUUUAGUUUUGUGACCGCCCUUUUACAUGUGUAGGGAUCUUGCUUUUGUUGGAGAAUAACACUAAUUGAAAUGAGCUUUUCUUUGACUG